UCUCUUCUGCGAAAACCAGCCCACGGAAAAUAGAGGAGGAAAAUGGCGGAGAAAAUGGGAUUGAUGCUGAUAGCGUCGGUUCUGCUGCUGAUGUCAGCAUCCGCAGCGGCCGAGUACGUGCGCCCUCCUCCUCGGGAGACCCUCUCCUUUCCAUGGAAACCCAAGCAUCCUUCCGUCCCACAACAGGUCCACAUUUCGUUGGUGGGGGACAAGCACAUGCGAGUUACAUGGAUCACUGAUGACAAAUCUUCCCCUUCAGUUGUUGAAUACGGAACGUCAUCAGGAAAGUACACAGCAUCAUCUCAAGGGGAAAGCACAUCCUACAGCUACCUAUUUUAUAGUUCAGGAAAGAUACAUCAUGUGGUCAUCGGACCUCUCAAAGAUGACACGGUUUAUUUCUAUCGAUGUGGAGGACAAGGUGCAGAGUUCAAUCUUAAGACCCCUCCAUCUCAAUUCCCAAUUACUUUUGCCGUUGCGGGCGAUCUUGGUCAGACAGGAUGGACAUCAUCGACUCUAGACCACAUAGGCAAGUGCAAAUAUGAUCUGCAUUUGCUCCCUGGAGACCUUUCAUAUGCCGACUAUCAACAACACCUAUGGGACUCCUUUGGGAAGCUGGUGCAGCCACUUGCAAGUGCUAGGCCAUGGAUGGUGACAGAGGGGAACCAUGAGAAGGAGAGCAUACCGCUCCUUAAAGCUGGAUUUGCAGCCUAUAAUGCAAGAUGGAAGAUGCCUUACGAAGAGAGUGGAUCGACUUCGAAUCUGUACUACUCUUUUGAAGUUGCAGGGGUGCAUGUGAUCAUGCUUGGUUCUUACACAGAUUAUGAUGAGUACUCGGAUCAAUAUAGUUGGCUGAAGGCCGAUCUUUCGAAGGUAGACAGGCAAAAGACACCCUGGCUUCUAGUGCUACUCCAUGCACCAUGGUAUAAUAGUAAUCGGGCUCACCAAGGAGAAGGGGAUGAUAUGAUGGCUGCAAUGGAGCCAUUGCUUUAUGCUGCAGGCGUAGACAUUGUUCUUGCUGGUCAUGUACAUGCUUAUGAACGCUCGAAACGUGUCAACAAUGGGAAAGUGGAUCCUUGUGGAGCUGUCCACAUAACAAUUGGUGAUGGAGGUAACAGAGAGGGUUUAGCUCAUUGGUACAUCAAUCCCAUACCAGAGUGGUCGGUCUUCCGCGAAGCAAGUUUCGGCCAUGGCGAGCUCAGGAUUGUAAAUUCAACUUAUGCUUUCUGGAGCUGGCAUAGGAAUGAUGACGACGAGUCUGUAAGAUCUGAUCAGGUGUGGAUAAACUCAUUAGCCAGUUCUGGAUGUAUCCCUUCUAAGAGGCACGAAUUCAGGAAGAUCCUUAUGGCUCCCUAGAACAGAGAACUCAGCGGUAUGCGUAUAAUCGUAUAAGACGAGAUCCUAGUGUAAAUAUGGAGUUGUAAAUCUAUGUAUGAAGAUUGUUCUAUAGACGUCAGUUUGAGAGAGGCCUUGGCUCAGUUUGAUCGAGCACUGCUGGAAAGUUGAGGGAUCUCGUCAUGCAGACUCGACGGGGUAUUGUAUGGUUUGUGCUUUUGCUCUAAGCUAAUGAUGAUGUAGAGAAAAGGGUAUUAUAUGAUCA